AUGGCUUCGAAAGACAGGCUGUAUGAACUGUGGAUGUUAUACUACACCAAGAAAGAUGUGGCCUACCUGCAGCAGUGGCUGGAAGCAUUUGUCGCGUCCUUUGAGAAGAUCAUUGACGUUAACUCUUUGGAGCCACGCCGGCUGGAGGAGGGCAGCGCUGAGGUGCCCCUCUUGCCCAGAGAGGUCCUGGUGUUCCUUAGUACCCAGCUGUGGCACAGCGCCCUCCACCUGUCAGGGCAGGACCCCACCAACAGCACCCCACACCCUCUACUGCUCAUCAAAUUCUUCAUCAUCAUCUGCAGGAACCUGGAGAACAUCGACCCAGAUAAAACGCCGGGCUUUGUCUUCGAGACCAUUAAGCUGCUAAACUUCUGUCUAAAUCAGCUGAAGAAACAGCCGGAGGAACAGGGAACUUUACUGUCAGUGGUGCAGCAUGGACUGCUUCUGUGUGAAAACCUCUUCGACCCCUAUCAGACAUGGAGGAGACGGCUCGCUGGAGAGGAAGUUAGCAUGCUGGAGAGGAGCAAGUACAAGUUUUCUCCUCUUGUCCUGCCAGAGGAGCUGCCUGCACUUUUUCACGACAGUCUACAGGACAGCGAACAGAUCCCAGAAACACUUAUUCUUCGGCUAGUGCAUUUGCAAGGAGCAGUCAUCAGUGGAUGCAAGAAGAAUGGUCUGUUCUCCAUCACUCCCACUGCUGUGGAAGAUCUUAUGUCUGUCCUCCGCUCCUGGUGCCUCCGCUCCUCCCCUCAGCCUAAGGACCCUCGGCUCCUGCGGCUGACCUUACGUUGCCUGACUGCGAUGGUGCACCUGCUGCACUCCAGCAGUCCCGCAGAGCGACAGGUGGAGAUUCGGAACGUUCUGGAAAGCUACUUUCAGGUCCUGAACUGGAACCGUCCGCCGACCCUCGAGCAGAGUGAUGGUCUGGUCUGGGAGGACAGUCUCAUCACUUUACAGGCGCACAUGCUGAAUGCAAUCCCAGAGAUCCUGCAGUGCUCUGACCGGCCCGUGCUGCAGGCCAUCUUCCUCAAUAAUAACUGUUUUGAGCACAUACUACGACUGAUACAGAACAGCAAGCUUUAUCAGACUGGCAGAAAUAGAGCAGAUAGUGAGGUUGAGAGUGACCUCACCACACGUUUGCUCACCGAGGCAGAACUGGAGCAGGUCUGGGAGAAGGGCUCUGACUGCAUUACAGUUCAUGCCAUUGGAGUCCUCACUGCAAUCAUGAGCAACUCUCCCUCUGCUAAGGAGGUGUUUAAGGAGAGGAUUGGUUACUCCCAGCUCUUUGACGUGCUGAAAAGUCAGGGCCAGCCGACCAAAAGACUCCUACAGGAGCUCAUGAACAUGGCAGUAGAAGGUGAGCACUCCCAGGCUGUUCAGUUGGGGAUCAGUAAUGAACAGCCUCUGCUCCUGCUGCUCCAGUGGUUGCCUGAUCUGGGCUCCAGGUCUCUGCAGCUGCUGGUGUCCCAGUGGCUGGCGACCGUCUGCGGGGGCUCCCUGCCCUGCCGCACGGUGGCCGUGGAGGCCGGCCUGGUGGGCGCUCUCCUGGACGUCCUGUCGGAUCCGGCGCGUUUGGACCGGCAGUGUGCGGACGCUCUCCUGGGCCUGCUGCAGGAUCUGGGCUCCCUGUCUCUGAGGCCGUGUGAACUGAAGAGCCUGCUACGACUCCUGCGGACGGAGCAGGGCGCUCACCCGUACUGCGGCCGCGUCAUCAGGGUCCUGUCCGCCAUGGCGGCGCGGGAGGGACGCAGUACCGCCCUGCAGUAUUUCGAUCUGUCCCACCCCAUGGCGGGCAUCAUGGUGCCAGCCAUCCAGCGCUGGCCGGGCAGUGGCAUGGCUUUUCACGCCUGGUUACGACUGAACGGAGGGUUUGACCUCGUCCACUAUGAACCCGCCGGCUCCUCAAACAGCCCAGAAAUUCUCCGCGUCUCCAAAGGACCACGCAGAAAACAGCUCUACAGUUUCUUCACGCCGAGCGGAACAGGUUUUGAGGCGUUUUUCACGGCAGAGGGAAUACUGGUGGUCGCUGUUUGCACUAAGAAAGAGUACAUGGCUGUUUCUCUUCCUGAAAGCCCUCUCACAGACUGUGCUUGGCACUCUGUGGCGAUCGUGCAUGUUCCUGGGCGUCGGCCUUUUGGUCAGAACGUGGUGACGAUUUAUGUGGACGGGUUGCAGUGCAGGACAGCACAGCUUCGUUUCCCCUCCCUAAACGAGCCCUUCACGUCCUGCUGUAUUGGUUCAGCGGGUCACAGAACCACCACCACCUCCACCUCUCCCAGUUUGCCCCCCCACGUGCACACGCCCACCGAGCUGUCUUUCCCCGCCCAUGCCGGAACACUCACGCGCUCCCAGUCUUUCCCAGCAUCCUUUGCAGCCGGCAAAUGGGGCUCGGGGCGUGACACUCCGGUCCACACGAUCCCGGCCGGAAUGCAGGACACGGAGUGGGGAACGCCCACCUCGCUGGACGGACUGUUGGGAACAGCCUUCAUCUGUUACGAAGCCCUGCAGCCCGCACAGACACGCGCCCUCUUUCACGCAGGACCCAAUAACGUGUCUCUGUUUAAGGCGGAUGGUGAAUUAUCAGAACUUAACAGUAAACUGCUGUUAUACUACACUCCUCAGGCCUUUAAAAAUCAGAUCUGUCUGGACCUGUCACCCAACCAUCAGUACGAUGGCAGACUGACUGGGCACAGAGUCGUCAACUGGGAUGUUAAGGAUGUGUUAAACUCAGUAGGGGGGAUGGGAGCCCUGUUGCCGUUACUGGAACAGGUGUGUGGAUUAGAACAGUCAGACUCUGGUGGUCCGGAGACUUCUGACCUACUGGGACCUGAGCUCACCUCAUCCCGUGGUCCUGCAGGCAUGCUUCUUCCUCUGGGCAAGUCCUCUGAGUGCCGAUUGGAGAGGAACAGUGUGGCCGCCUUCCUGCUAAUGAUUAAGAACAUGCUACGGAAUCACCCUGUCAAUCAAGAGAGUCUUUUACACUGCCACGGACCUAAUAUUAUUGGAGCUAUGCUUAGUAAGGUGCCGAGUUUCAUGAUGGAUAUGAGUGUGUUGAUGGCGUGUCAGGUUCUGCUGGAGCAGGUAUCCAGCGAGGGAAACAGCGCGCUGCUGUCCCAGUUAUACCAGAACCUUCUCUUCGACUUCCGCAUCUGGAGCAACUGUCACUUCGCCGUGUGUCUCGGUCACGUGCAGUACCUGUCGUCCGUGAUCAAAGAGAGUAAACCGAAGACCCGGAGGAAGUAUGGAGUUCAGUAUAUCCUGGACUCCGUACGCACACACUACAGUGCGGAGAAGGACGGAAGCCCUCUGUCUGAUGAGAAGCAGACAGUGCAGAUUUCCCUGUUCUCUCUGAUGAAAGAUUACAUGUUAAAGAAUCCCACUCAAGAGGAGAUCCACAGCGUCCUGGCUUACGCCACUGUGGUCCAGGAUGAGCAACAGGUGAUCAGUGUGCUGGAUGUGCUGUACAGCCUGUUGAGGAGCAGUCCUCCGCGGGAGCUGGCCCUGACUGUCUUACUGGAGUGGGGGGUGGAGCAGCUCUACUGUCUUCUGCUCAAACACAACUUUGGAGAUGAGGCCCGGGAAAGAGUGUUCAGGGUCCUGUACAAAGUCCUGAAGAGUGAACGAGUGUCUGAGCGCAACAAACAGCGCGUCAAACUCAAAGACUCCGGCUACCUCGGCCUGGUCUGUUGCCUAGGAGAUACUCCCGUCACCAUGACAACAAUCCGCUGCCUUUACGAGCAAGUCCUCGCCACAGACUCUGUUCCAAACUUCAAGGAUCUCUUGGCUGUGGUUUACCUGUCUCACCGUGCCGACCUCACUGUUCGACUGGACGUCUGCCGCAAGCUGUUUCAUCUGAUCUACUCUAGUGAGGACUACGUGAAGCAGCUGGCACGUCAGCCAGGCUGGCAGGACGUUCUCACCAAACUCUACAUUAAGGAAUCCCUGGAGUCACAGGUGGUCAACCAAUCAGGAACCAGCCCUCACUCGUCCCUGGGGCCCGGCCCCCGCCCAGUACUGCGCCGUGACGACAGCAUCAUAGAAGAGCAUCGCGGCGAUGUCUUCAUCCCUUACGGCUCUCGUGGUGAGGAAGAGGAAGAGGAGGAGGAGGAAGAGGAGCGGCAGAGAGACAUUUCAGAGGGGUUUUCAGACUUGUCCCAGUCUCCUCCGACGGCUGUCUCCGGAGGGAGAACUCUGAAGAACUUUGGCGGUUCCCUCAACUUCAAAUCCUUUGAUUCGGUGGAGCAGGGCAGUCACUGCUCCUCUCUGUCCAACGCUGUGGACAUUCCCUCGCCCCGAUUACAGGAGGAAGAGGAGGAGAGCGAAGAGGGAGGGGUUUACUUCCCGCUCUCACCAUUUGGCUCGUCGCCCUUCGAGCUGGAGCUGGGAACGCAGGGGGGAGGAGGGGGCAAUCAGGUGGGCACGGGAGCAGGAACGGGCACGCACACGCCCGCGGGCAGCCUGCCCCAAACGCCGUCUCCUCUGGAGCACAGCCGGCCCUUCCCGGGUCUCCGGCCCAGAAAGAGCUCCAGUCUGUCCAACGUUCUGGACGACACCAGCUACGGUACCGACCCGCCCACGGCCGACACCAUCUCAAACAAUUCCAACCCACAGACUCCCGAGGAGGAGCUUUGUAAUUUGUUGACUAAUAUCGUGUUCUCGGUGCUGUGGAGUGGGAUGGAGGGUCCAGAUGACGUGGUGUGGCGAGAGAGGGGUCAGGUCUUCUCCGUUCUCACCAAACUGGGCUCAUCCUGCCAGCUGGUCCGCCCCCCUGACGACAUCAAACGCAGCCUGUUGGAGAUGAUGUUGGAGUCAUCUCUCUCUGACCUGAGGGAAUGUCAGGGUGUACCACAACCCCACAUACCCAGCCUGCUCCGCCUUCUCCGACUGCUACAGGACUUCCUAUUCGCUGAGGGCACUGACAAUCAAGCCUUAUGGAGUGAGAAGAUCUUUGAGGGUGUGGUGACUCUGCUGGACAGACUGCAGGCUUGGCAUCCAUCCCCAGGGUCUCCCCUGGCCUCAGAGCUCAGAGAGAUGGCCCAAAUCGGCCUGCGUAUCAUCAGUGGAUACAUUCAACAGCAGCAUCCUCAGGUGUGUGUGAUGGCGUGUGUGAAGCUCCACAGUCUACUGCAGACGGUGUUGUGUUUGAGUUGGGAGGAGGUUUGUUUCUUGCUGGGGAGUUUGGGCGCCCCCCUGUGGCCGUCAGAGGGAGGAGACGGUGCGGGAACAGAGACUCUGGUUCCACUGGUUCCCAUCGUACGGACCCUACUGGAUCAGCAUGCGGACCCAGUCAAACUACACUCCCUCCUCCCUAAUCUUCCCCCGACCAAUGGCAGCACCUCCUUCGCCAAGGACCUCCAGGCCUACUGCCCGACCAUCGAGUGGCAAACCUUCUACCAGAACCACGUUGAGCCCACUCUCAAGCAGUAUGAGCUGGACACGUUUGGGAAGAGUCAUGACUUGAUGUCGAAUUUUUGGAACUCGUGUUUUGAUGACCUCAUGAGCACUGCACAAAAACGGGACAAAGACCGGGCCGACUGCAAAGCCAAAUUUCAGGAGAUGGUCGUGGACCCGUUUUUGAAGCGUGUGCGGACUGAAAACAGUCGAUACCACGGUGCACAGAAGCUCAGUAACAGCCAGCAGGGGGUGGUGUGGCUGCACUGGAAAUCUCUCCGCAGGUUACUGACCAGUGAGAGACGAGCCUGGGCCAACAGAGUGCAGCCAGAGGUCAAAUGGAAGUUGUCCAGUGCAGAGACGUACUCAAAGAUGCGUCUGAAACUGGUUCCCAAUUACUCCUAUGACUCCCACAGUGAUGCUAGCGCAUCCCGCGAUAACAUGGGAGCUGAAAGCCCACGCAGCUCAACAGACACUCUCCCAUUGGCUGUUGCCAAGGAAGCUAAAGUGAGUGACAUGGAGGAUGACCAGUUGGAGGACGAGGACCUUGUUUUCCUUGACAACCAUGUGGAGGGAGAGGAGGAGAAUCAGAAGGAGAAGCUGGUGUUGUCAGAGGACUGUGAGCUCAUCACCAUCGUGGCCGUGGUCCCGGGUCGACUGGAGGUCACCAAUCACCACAUCUACUUCUACGACGGGAGCAGCGAGAAAGAGGAGACGGAGGAAGGUAUAGGCUUUGACUUUAAGCGUCCCUUGAUUCAGCUGCGUGAGGUUCAUCUGCGACGUUACAACCUACGCAGAUCUGCACUGGAGCUCUUCUUCAUAGACCAAGCCCACUACUUCAUCAACUUCAGAAAGAAGGUGAGGAAUAAGGUCUACUCGCGUAUCCUGGGUCUGCGUCCUCCUAAUCUCUUCUACUUUGGCUCUCGUUCCCCUCAGGAGUUACUCAAAGCAUCAGGGCUCACACAGAAGUGGGUUUGUAGAGAAAUCUCCAACUUUGAGUACCUUAUGCAGCUCAACACCAUCGCUGGCCGCACGUACAAUGACCUCUCCCAGUACCCUGUGUUUCCCUGGGUGCUGUGUGACUACACUUCCCCUGUGUUGGACCUGGAGGAUCCUGCCGUGUUUCGGGAUUUAUCCAAACCAAUCGGAGUGGUCAACCCACGCCACGCCCAGAGCGUCAGAGAGAAGUAUGAGAGCUUUGAGGAUCCCACAGGCACCAUUGAUAAAUUCCACUACGGUACACACUACUCCAACGCCGCAGGGGUCAUGCACUACAUGAUUCGCACCGAACCCUUCACAACACUGCACAUACAGCUUCAGAGUGGCAGAUUUGACUGUGCUGAUCGCCAGUUCCACUCAGUGGGAGGGGCAUGGCAGGCUCGCAUGGAGAGUCCUGCUGAUGUCAAAGAGCUCAUCCCAGAAUUCUUCUAUUUCCCAGAAUUCCUGCAGAAUAUGAACGGCUUUGAUCUGGGCUGUUUGCAGAUGUCACAGGAGUCUGUGACAGACGUGCUGUUGCCACGCUGGGCCACCUCACGAGAAGAUUUCAUCAGAAAACACCGCAAAGCACUGGAGAGUGAGUAUGUAUCAGCUCAUCUCCAUGAGUGGAUAGAUCUGAUUUUUGGCUAUAAACAACGUGGACAAGAGGCUGUGGAGGCCCUUAAUGUUUUCUACUACUGCACAUAUGAGGGUGCGGUUGAUCUGGAUGCGAUAGCCAAUGAAACUGAGAGAAAAGCCUUGGAGGGAAUCAUCAGUAAUUUUGGCCAGACGCCCUGUCAACUGCUCAAGGAGCCCCACCCUCCUCGUAUGUCGGCAGAGAACGCGUCUCGGCGACAGUCCCGUAUCGACACUCUGCCGCCAAACCUGUUUGAUCACCUGGACAAGCUCCGCCCCUUUGUUGAGAUGGUGAGUGACGGGAUUCCUCUGGUGCAGGCUGUGGUGCCCAGAACACAGACUCGAUCCUUCCUCAUACAAGGCUGUGACAUACUGGUGACGGUGAGUGCUAACGGACUGAUUGGGACACACAGCUGGCUUCCAUAUGACAAAAACAUCGCCAACUACUUCACCUUUACCAGAGACCCCAGUGUGUCCAACCAAAAAACCCAGCGGUUCCUGAGUGGGCCAUUUUCGCCCGGUGUGGACAUCGGUGCCCAGGUCCUGGUGGUAUCUAAUGAUGGCAGACUGCUCUUCAGCGGAGGACACUGGGACUGCAGCCUGCGUGUCACCACGCUGGGAAAAGCCAAACUGGUCGGACGCAUCUGCAGACAUAUAGACGUGGUUACAUGUCUGGCGUUGGAUCUCUGUGGUAUUUACCUCAUCUCAGGCUCUCGGGACACAACCUGCAUGGUGUGGCAGGUCCUCCAACAGGGAGGUUUCUCCAGUGGUCUCUCUCCCCGGCCAGUCCAGGUACUCUGUGGUCAUGACCAGGAGGUGACCUGCGUGGCCAUCAGUACCGAGCUCGACAUGGCAGUGUCAGGUUCAAAGGAUGGCACACUGAUAGUGCACAGUGUUCGUCGGGGUCAGUUUUUGCGGACCUUGCGUCCGGUGUGUGAGAGCUGUCUGCCCGUGCGGAUCUCGGCGCUGCAGGUGGGGAUGGAGGGUCACAUUGUGGCACAGACGGCCAUGGAGGGGCGCCCCGCAGGGAGGGAGAAGAACGCGGUGCAUGUGUAUUCAGUGAACGGCAUGCUGCUGGCGUCCGAGGCGGUGGAGGAGCAGGUGACAGCUGUGUACCUGGUGCCUGAAUAUGUUAUCCUGGGCACUGCGGAGGGCAACCUUCACAUCCGAGACAUGUACAGCCUGAAGCUAACCGUAUCACCCCUGGCCCUGAUGGUGCCGAUCCGGAGUGUGUCAGUGACUAAAGAAUGCAGUCACAUCCUCGUGGGUCUGGACAACGGAAAACUCAUUGUGGUGGGAGCUGGCAAACCAGAGGAAGUGCGCUCAGGACAGUUUUCCCGUCGCUUGUUUGGCUCCACGCGUAGAAUUUCCCAGGUAUCCUCAGGAGAAACGGAAUACAACCCCACAGAGCACUCUGGGAAAUGAGCAGAUCACUCCACCUGGUUUUAGGAGAUGCACUAUACACACA